AAUGUACAUCCACUUCCUGUUGACUCAGAUCAACAUGAAGAAUCAGAAGUAUGAUGAGAUUAAUCCAAAGAAACUCCUGAGGUCCAAUGGAGACGUGAUUUUGAAACUUGCUGAAACUGGCUUUCAAUCAGCUAAUGAAAGGCAAUGUGAUGUUCUAUGAGGAGGACCUGAUUGAGAGCGACAUAGAUGUCACUGAUGCCUCUGUGUAUUCUGGGAUUUGCACUGAGAUCUUUAAGAAAGAAUCUGUAAUUCAUCAGAGAAAAGUCUACAGCUUCAUUCAUCUGAGCUUUCAGGAGUUUCUAUCUGCUUUAUAUGUGUUUUACUGCCAUGUUUUCAACCAUACAAAACCACUGAGGUUGUUUCUCAAUAUGAGACAUGUGUCACCAAGUUGGAGAAUCUCUCUGUGUGAGCUACUAACAUCAGUAGUUGAUAAAUCCUUACAGAGUGAAAAUGGACACCUGGACCUUUUCCUGCAGUUCCUGCUGGGCAUCUCACUGGAGUCCAAUCAGAGACUCUUACAGGGUCUACUGUGGCAUACAGAAAGCACCGCAGAUACCAUCAAGAGAAUCACACGGUACAUUAAAGACAAAUUCAGGGGUGGUGAAGAUUAUGGUUACAUGAGAGAUGAACGUAUCUCUGCUGACAGAUGCAUCAAUCUGUUUCUCUGUCUGUUGGAAAUGAAAGAUCAGACUCUGUACAGAGAUAUUCAGGAGCCUGUGAAAUCAGAGAAACACUCAAUGAAUCAACUCUCUCCAUCUCAUUGCUCACCAAUAGCCUACAUGCUUCAGGUAUCAGAGGAGGUGCUGGAUAUGUUUGAUAUGAAGAAAUAUAACAAAUUAGAUGAGGGCAGAAGGAGACUGAUACCAGCUGUGGAGAACUACAGUAAAGCUCUAAUGAAGAGAGAUGAUGUGAUCAGGCCAUUGACCUGCACUGACUCCUACUUUCAGACCCUCAUCAAGAAGCAGGACACAGAAGCCCUGCAGAGAGUCAAAGACCAGCACAAAACCAGCAUGAAGAACAAGUAUGAGAGCUUAUUUGAAGGAGUGAAACUAGAAGUGUAUCAAACUUUCCUGAACAGGAUCUGCAUCAUAGAGGGAGAGAGUGAAGUUGUGAAUGAAGAACAUGAGGUUUUACAGAUGGAGAAAACACCUAGAACACACCACUCACAAGACACUCCAAUCUACUGCAAUGACAUCUUUAAACCCUUAUAUCAAUCAGGACCUGAAGAGAAAGACCAAAUCAAGACUGUUCUUACUAAAGGCAUCGCUGGAAUUGGAAAAACUGUCUCAGUGCAGAAGUUCAUUCUGGACUGGGCAGAGGGAAAAGCCAAUCAGGAUGUAGAUUUCAUGUUUGUGCUUACAUUUCGAGAGCUCAACUUGAUUAAAGAUCACCAGUACAGUCUUCACAGACUUCUUCUGGACUUUCACCCUGAACUUCAAGAUCUGGACUUGAAGAUUUAUGAGGAGUGUAAAGUUGUGUUCAUCUUUGAUGGUCUGGAUGAAAGCAGAAUUACACUAAUGUUUUCAGACAGUGCGAAAGUUUCUGAUAUAACCGAAUCUUCAUCAGUGGGUGUGUUGAUAUCAAACCUCAUGAAAGGAGAGCUGCUUCCCUCUUCUCUAAUCUGGAUCACAUCCAGACCAGCAGCAGCCAAUCAGAUCCCCUCAAAAUACAUCAACCGCCUGACAGAAAUUCAGGGAUUCAAUGAUCCUCAGAAGGAGGAAUAUUUCAGGAAGAGAAUCAGUGAUGAGCAUCAAGCCAGCAGAAUCAUCUCACAUGUUAAAAGAUCAAGAAGCCUCGACAUCAUGUGUCGCAUACCCGUCUUCUGCUGGAUCUCAGCCACUGUACUUCAAAAUCUCCUGAAACUAGAUGACAAUGCAGAAAUCCCUCAGACUCUGACUGAAAUGUACAUCCACUUCCUGCUGACUCAGAUCAACAUGAAGAAUCAGAAGUAUGAAGAGAGAGAUCCAGAGAAACUCCUAAAGUCCAACAGAGACAUGAUUGUGAAACUUGGUGAACUGGCUUUCAAUCAGUUGAUGAAGGGCAAUGUGAUGUUCUAUGAGGAGGACCUGAUUGAGAGCAGCAUAGAUGUCUCAUUGUAUUCCGGGAUUUGCACUGAGAUCUUCAAGGAGGAAUCUGUGAUUCAUCAGAGGAAAGUCUACAGCUUUAUACAUCUGAGCUUUCAAGAGUUUCUUGCUGCUUUAUAUCUGUUUCUCUGCCAUAUCAUCGACAAUACAAAACCAUUGAAGUUGUUUCUGAAUCGUUGGUCGAACCACUGGCGAUCCCAAGGAAACUGCCUGUAUGAUCUACUAACAUCAGCAGUUGAUAAAUCUUUACAGAGUGAAAAUGGACACCUGGUUCUUUUCCUGCGAUUUCUCCUGGGUGUCUCACUGGAGUCCAAUCAGAGACUCUUACAGGACAUACUGAGGCAAACAGAAAACAGCUCAGAGACCAUCAGAAUGAUCACAAUGUACAUUAAAAGCCACAUUACGGAUCAUAAACAUCUCUCUGCUGACAGUAGCAUCAGUUUGUUCCUCUGUCUGUUGGAAAUGAAGGAUCAGACUCUGUACAAAGAGAUUCAGGAGACUGUGAAAUCAGAGAAUCACUCAGUGAAUCAACUCACUCCGUCUUAUUGCUCAACAGUAGCCUACAUGUUUCAGAUAUCAGAGAAGGUGCUGGAUGAGUUUCAUCUGAAGAAAUUUAACACAUCAGAUGAGGGUAAAAGGAGACUGGUACCAGUUGUGCUGAACUGCAGGAAAGCUCUGUCACAGUCGAGGGGAAGGAAAAUUGAAAGGCUAGUUGGCUGUAAUCUCACUGAUCAGUUCUGUGAAAGUUUGUUUUCAUCUCUACAAUCAUCCAACUCCUCACUGAAAGAGCUGGUCCUGAGUAACAAUAACCUGCGGGAUUCAGGAGUGAGGUUUCUCUCGGAUGGACUGAAGAGUUCACACUGUCAGCUCAACAUACUAAGGGUUUCUGCAUGUAAUCUCAAUGAUCAGUGCUGUGAAAGUUUGUCUUCAUCUCUACAAUCAUCAAAUUCCUCACUGAGAGAGCUGGACCUGAGUAACAAUAACCUACAGGAUUCAGGAGUGAAGCUUCUCUCGGAUGGACUGAAGAGUUCACACUGUCAGCUCAACAUACUAAGGGUUUCUGCAUGUAAUCUCAGUGAUCAGUGCUGUGAAAGUUUGUCUCUAUCUCUACAAUCAUCAAAUUCCUCACUGAGAGAGCUGGACCUGAGUAACAAUAAUCUGCGGGAUUCAGGAGUGAAGCUUCUUUCGGACGGACUGAAGAGUUCACACUGUCAACUCAACAUCCUGAGAUUAUCUGGCUGUAUGGUGACAGAGGAAAGCUGUUGUUAUCUGGCUUCAGCUCUGAGUUCAAACCCAUCACACCUGAGAGAGCUGGAUCUGAGCUUCAAUCACCCGGGACAAUCAUUAGUCAAGCUGCUCUCUGAUCCAAACUACAGACUGGACAAACUCAAUGUGGACCAUGGAGGAGAGUUCAGGAUUACACCUGGAGUAGAGAAAUAUGCAUGCGAUCUCACACUGGAUUUAAACACAGCGCACACUCAUCUUGCUCUGUCCGAGAAGAACAGAAAGGUGACAUAUAUGAAAGAGGAGCAGCAGAAUCCUGAUCAUCCAGAGAGAUUUAAUAAGUGUCUUCAGGUUCUGUGUAGAGAGAGUCUGUCUGGGCACUGUUACUGGGAGGCUGAAUGGAGCGGGAGGGAGGUUUCUGUAUCAGUGACAUAUAAAGGAAUCAGCAGAAAAGGACCGAUUAAUGACUGCUUGUAUGGAUGCAAUGAAAAGUCCUGGAGUCUAAACUGUUUUAAUAACCUUUUCUUUGUCAAACACAAUAAGCAGGGCAGAAACAUACCUGUCCCUUCAUGUGACUCUAACAGAGUAGGAGUGUAUCUGAACUGGUCGGCCGGCACUCUGUCCUUCUACAGCAUCUCCGACACACACACACUCAUACACUUACACACAUUCAACAGCACAUUCACUGAACCCCUUUAUGCUGGAUUUGGGGUUUAUUCUGGUUGCUCAGUGUCUCUGUGUGAGAUUAAACAGUGUCCUGGGAGAAACAACUGAGACACACAGCUGAGUGAAAAACACUCACAUAAUUUCUCUUUUUAACUCACACAGCUGAAAAUUUUUCUUCUAAUCUUAAUUUCAGUGUGUAUUGUUGAUAUCAGCCACACCCUGCUUCAUUAGGGAAUGCAACUUUUCUAUACUACUUGUACCUCUUCUGCUUAUAAAGAAUAAUAAUGACAACACAACUGUGAUUUGAAGAUAAAGAAAAAAAAAGGAAAACAGAUGUUAGCCGUUUAUGAAGUACAGCUGUCAUAAGAGAUAACUUGUUUGUGUGUAAACAGUGAAAGAGUUAUGAGAGAUAACUGUUUAUGGAAAAAAACUGUGAAAAGCGAUAAAUUGGAGGAAGAGACAUGUUUGAUAACUUGUUUGUGUGUAAGCAGUGAAAAAAUGCAUGAUCAUUUGUUUAUGAUAACUGUUUAUUGAGGAAAACGAGACAAAUGGGUUUUUAUAAAAGUGUUUAAUAAGAUAAUAGCUCAUUAAAGAAGACAACUGUUAUUGUAAAAGUACUUUAAUAAGAAUGUAGUUUAUAAAGAAAAGAGACAAAACAUUAUUGUUGUAAAGCUUUAUUAAGAAUGUGUGUUUAACCCUCAGGGGUCUGAGGAUUUUUGGGGCCCUGGAGAAAUUUUGACAUGUCCUGACAUUUGUGCUUUUUUCAGUUGCUCAUAAACAUAUUUAUAGAAGAAGUGUCAUUACACUGUAUUCAGC